CUCGUCGGAAAAAGUGAUGACAUUUGGACGGUCCGAUUUAGAGUGGCGGCCCGUCUCCGGCCCAGCAAACUGGAAGCCCAAUGGGUUGUGCUGCUACAACCCGGGCGGCCCAGAAAAGAUGGCAGCCGGAAAGUCAGCCGGAGCUGAUGGGAGGCAGAGGCUAUAAAUGACCAGAUCCGUCGCCAUUGGAACUCUGCGCCUAGCCCCUGGAGGAGUCACUGCUCUCUGGCCGAAGAACCAAUUUUCUUCUCCCCCGCAACAAAAAGAAAAUUUAAAAAAAAAAAAUAAAUAUUUUACAGCAGAGAUCUCCGAUAGAUUCAUUUCCUUAGAGCAUAGCUAGGGUUAGGAGGUGCGGAUUCAAAUUAGAUAAUCGGGGGCGUAUUUCCCACCUGUGCCAAAUUCUACUUCUUCUUCUACUACUACCCUUUUUUCCCUUUCUAAAUCUAAUCGCUGUACAAACAGAAAGACGAUUUCUUGGUUUCCUUUCGUCCUUUGUCUAAUCUUCGUUGCUCGGCCGAUCGGUACAGUUUCGCCCCAAUUUUGUUGGGAUUUGGAUAAAUUUGUGGAUAUUUGUUAGGGUUGAAGAAUUUGCCGGUAAGGGAUCCGUUUAGGGAUAAAAAGGAGGGAUUUUUAUUCUAGGCAUUUGGUAGUUCUUUUGUUAUGGAUAAGAAGAAGGUUGCCGUUCCUUUGGUCUGCCAUGGCCAUUCCCGGCCGGUGGUGGAUCUGUUCUACAGUCCUACUACUCCCGAUGGUUUCUUCCUGAUCAGUGCCAGCAAGGAUUCUAGUCCCAUGCUUAGAAAUGGAGAAACUGGAGAUUGGAUUGGAACCUUCGAAGGGCAUAAGGGUGCAGUGUGGAGCUCCUGCUUGGAUACUAAUGCAUUACGUGCUGCUUCUGCUUCUGCUGAUUUUACUGCGAAAGUAUGGGAUGCAUUAUCGGGGGAUGAACUGCAUUCCUUUGAACACAAGCACAUAGUUAGAGCUUGUGCGUUUUCAGAGGACACUCAUCUUCUACUUACUGGUGGACUAGAGAAAAUUUUGCGCAUUUAUGAUCUGAAUCGCCCAGAUGCACCUCCAAGAGAAGUUGAUAAAUCCCCUGGUUCAGUUAGAACUCUUGCUUGGCUGCAUAGUGAUCAGACCAUUCUGGGUUCAUGCACUGAUAUGGGUGGUGUAAGAUUGUGGGACGUAAGAAGUGGUAAGAUAGUGCAAACCCUUGAGACCAAGUCAUCAGUGACAAGUGCCGAAGUCAGUCAGGACGGUCGCUAUAUCACAACUGCUGAUGGUUCAACCGUCAAGUUCUGGGAUGCAAAUCAUUUUGGGCUUGUGAAGAGCUACAACAUGUCCUGCACUGUGGAAUCAGCUUCCUUGGAACCCAAGCACGGGAAUAAGUUCAUUGCUGGGGGAGAAGACAUGUGGGUUCACGUAUAUGACUUUCACACAGGGGAGGAGAUAGCUUGUAACAAGGGCCACCAUGGUCCAGUCCACUGCGUGCGGUUUUCACCGGGUGGAGAAUCAUACGCGUCCGGGUCAGAAGACGGGACCAUCAGAAUAUGGCAGACGGGCCCACUAACAAACGACGAGAGCGAUGGUGGGGCGACGGCGGCAGCGACAGCGGCCAAUGGAACGGUGGCAGGGAAGGUGAAGGUGAGUGCUGCAGAAGAAGUUUCUAAGAAGAUUGAGGGGUUUCACAUUAGUGGUGAUGAGGGGAAGGCUAAAGAGAAGGAUGAUGCAGCAGGGAAAGAGUGAUGUACCUCCUUUUUGCCCGAGUUAGACCAAACCCACUUUUUUUUUUUUUGUUGUUGUUAUCUUUUCCUUUUCGCGCCUUCUUCUUUUCUUGAUCUCUCAAUUUGUGUCGUUCGUUUUCAUCUCUGCCUUAUGGAAAUGGUGCUGGACUGAGAAGGUUGGUGUCUCUGGCUUUGGUCAGUCAUCAUGAUAUUUGGGAGGGGUUACAACUUGAAAGAAGACACUGAAAUUUUUGUACAAGCUUCUUCCAACACAAUCGCCUUGGUAUAUGUAAACUGCUAUGAGUUUCUAUGACGAGGAUUCACCUUCACGUUCCAGAUUAUGCGACCGCCUUAAACCGUCGUGAGACAUGUUAGUUUCUGUCUACGUAUGUGGUACGUUCGAAUAGCGAGGUGGUUGUGAAAGCUCUCUCUGCCUGUUUUUUGUCUUUGUUUCGAUUGUCUAAUUCCAUCGAUGGCAAUGCUUUGUCUUACCGUUUUAAUGUCGGAACCGAGUGAGUUGAUCAUUUUCAAGAACAAUUGUCUUUACAGCAUAAUUGGAUCGCCAUUGUUAAUCUUAUUUUCAAUUGUCUAAUUCCAUCAAUGGCAAUGCUUUGUCUUACCGUUUUAAUGUCGGGACUGAGUGAGGUGAUCAUUGUCUUACCGUUUUAAUGUCGGGACUAAGUGAGGGGAUCAUUUUCAAGAACAAUUGUCCUUACAGCAUGAUCGGAUCGCCAUUGUUAAUCUUAUUUUGGAUUUACUUACAAGAUUGGAUUCAUGCCUGUACCUCAAUCAAUCAGUUCUGGAGUGAAAAAGUAGUAUUCUGGCAAGGAAACGAAAGAAGACAGGACACAGCCACAUCCCACAGGCCACAGGAGCGACAGAAGGGCAGGGUAGAUAAAUAUGAAGAAGAAACAGGGCUAAUUGAGUCAUUCUCAACUUCUGAGUCGUUUUCUCUUUAUAUCUUUCUUCCUCCUUCCGUCUUCCCCGAUUCCUUUGGCCAUCGUGAAUCCUCAAUCCAUCUCGAGAGAGAGUGAGGGAAAGAUAGAGACUUUGAGAGAGUUCGUGCUGUACUGAAUAAACCGACUCUCCCUGACACCAAGCUCCGGUCCUUCCUUGCAUCUGGGCUCUUGUCUAUUUAAUUCUUCCUUCCUAUUUUCUCUUCUAAUCCGAAGAAGAAAGCUUUCUUGGCGGGAAACGAAGAUGUCGGGGAAAGGAGCAAAGGGUUUGAUUAUGGGGAAGGGAGCUGCUGCAGCGGCGGCAGCUAAUAAGGACAAGGACAAAGAGAAGAAGAAACCCACCUCUCGCUCUUCUCGUGCUGGUCUCCAGGUUUCCCCCCAUCCUCUUCUCUUCUAGAUCUUGCUCCCACUCUGUUUGUUCGCUUCUUCUUUUCCCCUGUAUCUCGCUCUCUGAGAUUUCGUUCAUCUGGGUUUGGUUUCAGCUGCCUUUUUUUUGGCCGCUCACUUCGUUUACUUGUCUUUGGUUCUGGGGACAUUUUCUUUCGUAUCUUGGGUGCUGUUUACGGCAGGAGGAUGUGAUGGGAUCUUGCUUUAAUUCGAAGUCAAAUAGCAGAGAGUUUCUUAGUUCGUUUGCUUAUCUUUUGAUGUAAAAAGCUUGAGUCAAGUGCGGUAAAUGAGACGUCUUUUCUGUUGUUUGAAUCAUUCCAAGUUCCUUGAGGAUAGAUAGAUAUGCCGCGCCCUUGAUUCAUGUAGAGUUUUCCAGUCCAUCAUACUGUCUUGCCUCUGUAUGAUGUUGCGGUUUGCUGUGGGUGGUUGGCCAAAAAUCGGUAGUUCUUGGUUUGCUGUACCUAGGAUUGGUUGGAAUGGUAACAGCUUAUGUGAUCUCUUGACGGCUUUUGGUUGCCAUUUGGUGCUUCUGGUGAUAGUUGCACAAGUUCUCAAAAACCUUUUCCGGUUUUCCCGGUCCAGCGGAGUUUGAUUCAUUUGUUAACUAGGCUGCCUUAGUUUAGAGAAGAAUUGGUUCCAAGUGCUGAUGCUGUGACCAAACUCAUUUGGUUCGGUGUUCGCUGUAGAUGCUUGAUAGGUUAAUGAAGGGUUCUCGUAGCCAAUAUGAUGAUACGAAGUUUACAGAUCGAGUAAUGUGACCUCUUAGAAUUUCACAUCCCAAGUUGCCCUGAAUGAUUUUUCCAGACCAGUUAAUUUAGUCUAAUGAACUAUUAUGGCCUCAUAUAUCUGGCAAGCCUAGACAAUGAGGUCAUCAGCCUUCUCAAAUUAGCUGAAAACAACGCAACUCGAUCACUGUUAUAACUGCUCACCAUUUCAUGGGGCUGUCAUAAGCAGAAACAUUGAUAUUUUGAUAGAAUGAGUCUGUAUUGCUAGGAGAACUUUUCAAGU